GAGUGCGUGAAUGACAUUUAGCCAAUGCAGCUCGCACACAUGCAGUAACUUAUUCAGCAAGAAAAACAACAAAAUGUCAGCUACGAGUUAGUACUACGGCAGCUCACUGAGUUGUUCUGUUAGAGCUUUCAGUUAGCCUUUGCUCUUUGUGCUAUAGCUAGCUAAGCAUGGAAUUCCUCAGGACUUUAAAACCCUUGUUUACUCUUCCCCAACACUGGAUACCUGUCAGGUGUAUCCCAACCAGAUGUUGCUCUAAUUUAGCUAAGGCCAGUGUCAAUUCAAGGCAGAGGAGGACAGCUGUGGACAGGUUCAGGACCCAGUUGUCCUCUGGUCCAAAUUUUCAGGAUUUCAUCAAAGGAGUUUCAGUUAAUAAGACUCAACCUGCAGAUGAAGAGUCCUCAGACAGACAUGGUUAUCUCUCUGAGGACUUGGAGAUGGGGAAUUCAAGGAGAGUGUAUUUUGAAACCUAUGGAUGUCAAAUGAAUGUGAACGACACAGAGAUAGCCUGGUCCAUACUACAGAGGAAGGGAUAUCUACGCACGAGUGAUUUAAAUGAGGCAGACGUUGUCCUUCUGGUUACAUGCUCCAUAAGAGAAAAAGCUGAACAGACCAUUUGGAAUAGACUACAGCAACUCACAGCUAUGAAAAGAAAACGGUUAAAGACCCACACACCAAUGAAAAUUGGGAUUUUAGGUUGCAUGGCAGAGAGGCUGAAGACUGAGCUGCUGGAGCGGGAGAAGCUGGUCGACGUUCUCGCAGGUCCAGAUGCGUACCGCGACCUCCCCCGCCUCUUGACUGUAGCUGACGGAGGUCUUCAGGCGAGCAACGUGCUGCUGUCUUUAGAAGAGACCUAUGCUGACAUCAUGCCUGUCCACUACGCCCCUCAGGGACACAGUGCUUUUGUGUCCAUCAUGCGAGGCUGUGACAACAUGUGCAGUUACUGCAUCGUCCCCUUCACCCGAGGCAGAGAGAGGAGUCGACCUGUCAGCUCUAUUCUUGAGGAAGUUCGUCUGCUCUCUGACCAGGGUGUGAAGGAGGUGACGUUGCUGGGUCAGAACGUCAACAGCUACAGAGACACGUCAGAAGAACAGUUCUGCGGCUCGGACCUGACCCAGCACAGCCGCGGCUUCAAGACGGUUUACCGAACAAAACAGGGAGGCCUGCGCUUCUCUGACCUGCUGGACCGAGUGUCACUCAUCGAUCCCGACAUGAGGAUCAGAUUCACCUCCCCUCAUCCCAAGGAUUUUCCUGACGAGGUUUUGCAUCUGAUUGCAGAACGAAGAAACAUCUGCAGCCAGAUUCACCUUCCAGCCCAGAGUGGGAGCAGCCAGGUCCUGAAAGCAAUGCGUCGUGGCUACACAAGAGAGGCUUACCUUGAUCUUGUGAAGAACAUUAAGAAAAUCAUCCCAGAGGUGAGUCUCAGCAGUGACUUCAUCUCCGGCUUCUGCGGUGAAACGGAAGACGACCACCAGCAGACUCUGUCUCUGAUCAGAGAGGUGGGCUACAACGUGGGAUUCCUUUUUGCCUACAGUAUGAGGAAGAAAACCAGCGCCUACCAUCGGCUGCAGGAUGACGUGCCGGCAGAGGUGAAGCGGCGGAGGCUGGAGGAGUGUAUCAGUGUGUUCAGGGAGGAAGCUGCGAGGGUCAACGCCGCUCUCAUCGGCAGCACGCGGCUCGUCCUGGUGGAGGGAAAAAGUAAAAGAUCAGCCGAGGACCUGUGUGGGAGAACUGAUGGCAAUAUGAAAGUGAUUUUCCCCAAAGAGGACGUUGCUGCUCAGUUCGCAGAAUCCAACACUGCACCGAUCAAUGCUGGAGACUAUGUGCUGGUGAAGAUAUCGUCGGCCAACUCCCAGAGCCUGAGAGGUCGAGCCCUCGGUCACAGCUCCCUGAGAGGCUCAGUGAAGCACUGUGAGACUCUGCCUACUCACCGGGUUGAUGAACGUGUGGCCUCAGUCAACACCGUCGAUUGACACAGGUGACAACACACUUUGUUCUAUUCUCUUGUCUGACUUUGAAGAUACAUGGAGGCUGUUUUUCUACAGACGAUGAGCUACGAAAACUGCAAUGGAUUAUUUAUGCUGUCGGUACCGUCUGUGUGUAUGUAGAUAUUAAACUACUUAAGAUACUGAAA